GCAACCCCGUGCAUCGUCCCACCCAUCUCUAACUGCCCUAACUGCUCCUGUCUUGUCUAGCCCGAGUAUGAGUUUGGCAUCAGGGUUUACAGUGUAAAAAGAAACUGUGACAAUCGGUUGUCCCUCCUUGCCGAAUACUGUAGAUGUUUCUCAGUACAGCCACGUUUUUAACAAGCUAUUAAAUGCCUGUUUUGAGAGCAAGAACCUCGGGGUCUUGUCUUCUGCUGUAGACUUCAUGCUUUCCAAGAAUAUAGCUGUUGAUUUUUUCUUACUUAGAGGACUAAUCACAGGUUUGGGAAGAAGUUGUUUGUGGAGUAAAGCUCGAACCUACUACAAAACUGCUUUGUCGUUGGGUUGCUACCCCCCGCUGGAGGGAAAUCUACGUCACAAAAUACUGCCAAUUCCUUUUUACGUGUCUGAAGUUGAGAUGCUGUUGGCCAUUGAGUUAUUCCUCGUUUCAAAUGCCAGUGAUAUUCAGAGUCCAGGAGCUACUACUCAGAGUUUUCAAAUAGUACUGAAAAGAUGUGAAGACCAGGCAGUUAAGAAUAGCAGUGACUAUCAAGCAGGAAGGGAGAGACUUAUCCUGGCUGCUCGUCUAUCUGAUCCAAAGCUCUUUCUUCGGCACAUGACAGUGAACGUUAAUAUGGAAGAAGUGUACAGCUUGGAGCUCACAUCUGCUCUCAAAUGGCUUAAGGAGAAUAUGAAAUGGGCGGGCAAGGUCUGGCUGUUCCAGUAGUCAUAACUUAGCUAAAGUCUUUUGAGGGUUAGUGCUUAAGCAGUCAUUGUUAAGAAGAAUAAAAAAUACCAAAGGCAGUGACCAAC